AUGAAGGUGGAAAUGUGCCUCAACAUGGGCGAACCACACUUGAGGUUGAUCAGGCCAAAAGGCUGGCAGUUUGAAGGCCGGUCUAUUGUGUUGCAAUUCCUGCAGGAAUUCUGGAUUGUCGUCAUCAAGCGCCCGGCCCCACAAGCGCCCGGCCCCACAAACGCCCCGCCCCACAAGCGCCCGCCCCACACCAGCGCCCGGCCCCACAAGCGCCCGGCCCACACCAGCGCCCGGCCCCACAAGCGCCCGGCCCCACAAGCGCCCGGCCCCACAAGCGCCCGGCCCACACCAGCGCCCGGCCCCACAAGCGCCCGGCCCCACAAGCGCCCGGCCCCACAAGCGCCCGGCCCACACCAGCGCCCGGCCCCACAAGCGCCCGGCCCACACCAGCGCCCGGCCCACACCAGCGCCCGGCCCCACAAGCGCCCGGCCCACACCAGCGCCCGGCCCACACCAGCGCCCGGCCCCACAAGCGCCCGGCCCCACAAGCGCCCGGCCCACACCAGCGCCCGGCCCCACAAGCGCCCGGCCCCACACCAGCGCCCGGCCCCACACCAGCGCCCGGCCCACACCAGCGCCCGGCCCCACAAGCGCCCGGCCCACACCAGCGCCCGGCCCCACAAGCGCCCGGCCCACACCAGCGCCCGGCCCCACAAGCGCCCGGCCCCACAAGGCCCGCCCCACAAGCGCCCCCCACACAAGCGCCCGCCCCACAAGCGCUCCGCCCCACACCACGCCCGGCCCCCCAAGCCCCGUCCCACACCAGCCCGGCCCACACCACGCCCGCCCCACAAUCCCCGGCCCCACAAGCGCCCUCCCACACAAGCGCCGGCCCCACAAGCGCCCGCCCCACACCACUCCCGGCCCCACAACGCCCCCCCACAAUCGCCCGGCCCACACCAGCGCCCGGCCCACACCAGCGCCCGGCCCCACAAGGCUCCCUCCCCACAAUCUCCCGGCCCCACAAUCUCCCGUCCCACACCAUCCCCGGCCCCACAAUCUCCCGCCCCACACCACUCCCUUCCCCACACCAGCGCCCGGCCACACCACGCCUCCCCCACUCUCCUUCCCACCACCACCACCGCCCGCCCCACAAGCGCCCGGCCCACACCAGCGCCCGGCCCCACAAGCGCCCGGCCCCGCCCCUGGCCCACCGGCACGCGGCUCCCUCAGCACCUGUACUAG